AGCAAAUUUCCUCAAGAUGUCGAAGAACUUUCUUAAAUUCACCUCAAAAUCUAGAACUGCAGUGAUAGUUUUAUUGAUUUCCCUGGCGAUCCACAUUAAUUGCGAAGAAUUGAUCGAAGAAACUGGUAUUGCAACUGAAACUCCUGACAUUCCUCCAUUUGACCCAACGCUCGUGACUGUAGCUCAGGGCCAAAUCCGGGGCUACAAAGAGAGCGCUUCAAAUGGCAAAGAAUUCUACUCGUUCCGAGGAAUCCCUUACGCUAAACCUCCCGUUGAGGACCUGAGGUUUGAGCCGCCCCAGGAUGCGGAAGGCUGGCAAGGAGUCCUGGUUGCAGAGAAGGAUCCUCCGGCUUGCCCCCAGCUGGACAUGAUGGCGAUGCUUGCCGAAGGAAGAAUCAAUUACAUUGGGGAUGAAGACUGUCUCUUCCUUAACGUUUUUUCGCCAAUGCCAAAUGAAAACGAUAGUUCACUACUGCCGGUCAUGGUUUUCAUACACGGAGGUGGUUACAUAUGUGGACGCGCAUCCGAGUAUCAGCCGUACGCUCUCAUGAGCAAAGACAUCGUCCUGGUGGUCAUCCAGUAUCGGCUCUCCACAUUAGGUUUCUUAUCCACUGAAGACGACGUAGCGCCAGGUAACAUGGGCAUCCUGGACCAAACAGCGGCGCUCAGCUGGGUGCAGAGGAACGCGCCCAGCUUCAAAGGCAACCCUCUGCAGAUCACCAUAUUCGGCGAGAGCGCAGGAGGCGCUUCUGUGCAUCUGCAGAUGCUGUCCCACGCUUCAUUAGGACUUUUCCACCGCGCUAUCAUUCAGUCCGGCACCGCAAUAUCGUCAUGGGCUGUAGCCCCCAACCACCGCGAGGUCGCUUACCACAUGGCCAAGCUCCUCGACUGCGGCACCAGCAGUAAUAUUGAACCAAAAAUGAAGUGUACUCGAGAUGAAAAUAAUCCCUUUUUGUACGAGAGCUGCUUGGUUGACCAAUUGCCUUCUUCGGCCGUGCUCAAGUGCCUUAAAGCCGCCCCUGCACAAACCCUUGUGGAGUUAUACGCAGCUUUUGAAAAAAUCGGGUCUUUCCCCUUUCUGAUGGCCCCGCGCGUGCAUGAGAACCUCCUGAUGGAAGAUCCGCUGCAGCUCGUGAAGGAGCAUCGCAGCAAGAAGAUCGACAUAAUGUUGGGUGUCACUAAAGACGAAGGAUCCAUUUGGGCAAAAAUGAUCUUCCUCGAUGAAGCACUCCGGUCGAAGUUGAAGUCCCAGUUCUCAAAAGCAGCGCCUGUGCAGCUUGACUUGGGAGAAGGUGAUGUCGCCCCCCUGAACCUGACCGUCCAACUUUUCGACCGCUAUGUCGGCAACGCGGAAUUCGAGUUAGAAUCCCUCGACGACUUAACUGCCUUGUUGGGCGACCGCUUGAUGUGGUACCCGUCGGACUCCCUGGCGCACUACCUCGCAUCAGACCCGGGCUCUCCGCACAGGGGCAAGAAGCUCUUCGUGUACGAGUUCGCUUACCUGUCCAAGACGCGCGAAAAUUCCUUAUUCGAUAGCGUUAUAAAAAACCGCUACGUGAAUCACGGCGACGACUUGAUUUACUUAUUUUCGGGUCCUUCUGAUCACCCAUGGCUGGGACAGGAGCUAAAGUCGGCAGAAGACCUUGCGAUGAGAGACCUCAUGGUCGACUUGUGGACCAACUUCGCCAUUACUGGAAACCCCACACCAGACGGUCAUCCUGCUGAAUGGCGACCCUACACCCCCGAUGCUCCUCAUGUGUUCAUCAUCGACGAGCGUCCGGCGAUGGAUGAAUCCGACCCCAAGAAAGAGCUUCGAGAAUUCUGGAGACAGCUUCCACUGAAGAUAAACUUGGUCCUGUUCCCUGAGUCUGUCUCCAACUCAACUGAGGUCGCGAUCGAAAAAUACGCAACUCCAACCGCGACAGAAACUGAACAAGUGGUGGAGUCAAAUGAGGAAAAAACGUACGCGUAUACUUCAUCUGACGAAAAGUUGGAAGAUAAAGAUGAUGAAUUGAAGAAAAUGGACGAUAAGAACGCUGGUAAGGCUCGGGACGAAUUGUAAUUUCAACGAUGCUGACUGGACAGCAUUGACAUUGAGAAGCGCACGAUAUUAAAGAAGAAUGAAUUAUAAAUUUAUCGCUGGGUCUAAAAUAAUUAUACUAACGUUUGAACUGAAUAGAGGCUCUGCUGGAAAGCUUGAUUGUUCAUCGUUCUGAAAGAAGAGGUUAAUUUUAUUUUUUACAUCUUUUUAGAAGAAAAACUGUAUAUUUAAAAUUUUUACAAAAAUAAAUAGCAUUCAUUAUAACUUCUGUUUUAUGAGUUCUUGGCCUCCAUGCUCGGUGCAUUCAAAGGUUAUUAUGCCAAUUAAAUAUAGUGUUAUUUAAAUUGUUCGCAUUUAGUUUACCAUAACUUUCAAAGAAUGCUUUGCUUCUUCAAAUUUAUUCUGUUUUCGUUAACACGUUCCCCGCGUAUCCGGAUUGCACAACUUUUGCAAUCAACCUUUCGUGUGAACACAAAUAUUCUAAGAGAGAAACUUUACCAACUAAAUUUCGAGUUUUAGGUGUUUUAUGGAAACUAUGUAAAAUAGUGAGUUUGGUACACUUGUGUCCCAAUACGCAACACUGGAAUAUAAUCGUUGGUACACAUAUGGCUGUGAUCUAAUAAUGCAGUCCCUCUCCUAGCUGCUAGUUAGCAGAAAUCAUGACCAACAACUUAUCUUUAGAUAAAUUACUCGUAUUUAUCAUUAUUUACUGCACUACAAACAGUGUUUUGAAGCAGGGCAAUCUAACAAGAAAUUCAUUGAAUUCCGGGACAUUUACAGUUGCAUCCAAAUUAUACAAUCAAUACAGCUGAAGUUUACAACACUGAGAUACAAGUAUAAUUGUCAUGAAAGCAUUAGAUAUCUUAAUAAUAUAUUAUAUACUAUUAUUU